AUGAAUAGGCACCACGCCUUCGCCAACGGCCAUGCUGCCAACAAAAAGCGCGAUGAUGACGGCUAUCGUCCCUACUCCGACCGCGCCGAUCUAGAGAACAAGUACAUCUGGGGCAUGCAUGAUCUCGUUGAAGAUGAAAAGCCAGAGGCAGCCUUUGGUCGUCGAUUCGAACCACGAAAGAAAGCACUACACUCCCGCUCUCGUCUAAUACGACUUGGGUUGAUGGCUCUGGGGACAAUCGCCUUGAUCAUCUACUUCAUUUUCCCUUCAGCCCUACAAGGUUCUUUACUGUCCAGCGCCGAUACUUCUCUAGAGCAGUCCGAUAUCGAGACCUUGCGAUAUUACGACCUCACGGAUGCGCAGGGAUCUUCGGUAGGAUGGCAUCGGGAAGAGCGGGUUUUACUGUGCACUCCUUUACGAGAUGCUGCACCGCAUCUGCCCAUGUUCUUCGCCCAUCUGCGCAACUUCACCUACCCACAUCGCCUCAUCGACCUGGCUUUUCUUGUCUCCGAUUCGAAGGACAACACCGAAGAAUUACUCUCACAAAUGCUGGAAGCGCAGCAAGCCGAUCCUGACCCAUCACAACAUUAUGGUGAGAUUUCCGUCAUACACAAAGACUUUGGACAAGCCGUGAGUCAAGAUUUCGAGAGUCGUCAUGGGUUCGCUGCGCAAGCCAGCCGGAGAAAGCUUAUGGCACGAGCACGAAACUGGUUGCUUAGCGCGGCAUUGAGACCUUAUCAUAGUUGGGUAUACUGGCGCGAUGCCGAUGUGGAAACCUGUCCCUACACUGUCAUUGAGGAUCUAAUGCGACACGACAAAGAUAUCACGGUCCCAAACAUCUGGCGUCCAUUGCCCGAUUGGUUAGGUGGUGAACAACCCUACGAUCUGAACUCGUGGCAAGAGUCAGAGACGGCCAUGGCUCUAGCGGAGACUUUGGACGAGGAUGCUGUCAUUGUGGAAGGAUAUGCCGAGUACGCCACCUGGCGGCCGCAUCUGGCGUAUCUUCGAGAUCCAUAUGGAGACCCAGACGUCGAAAUGGAACUUGACGGCGUCGGUGGUGUGUCGAUCCUGGCAAAGGCCCGAGUUUUCCGUGCCGGCGUCCAUUUCCCUGCUUUCUCCUUUGAACGCCACGCCGAGACUGAAGGCUUCGGCAAGAUGGCCAGACGCAUGGGGUUUUCGGUGAUUGGUCUACCGCAUUACACUGUCUGGCAUCUCUAUGAACCGUCAGUAGACGAUAUCAGACACAUGGAGGAAAUGGAAGCGGAAAAGCGCGAGAGAGAGAAGCAAGAAAAAGAAAAUGCCGCCGUGGCCAAGAAGAUCCAGGACGAAUUCCGCCCCGUGAACUCGCAGUGGGAAGAGGACAAACAAGCCAUUGCUGGGGAGGCUGAAGAGGCUAACUCUCAGAGUGACGCCAAAGAGGAAACGAGAAAGAAUGAAGGUAUGAAGAAGACGGACAUUCGUCAGGGAGACGGCACCGAGGAGCUGAGCGCCAAAGAUGAUGGAGACACCGCGGCUGAGGGCGAGAAGGUAAAGGACAAGAAGAAGAGCAACAAGGCGGGUGCGAAGAAGCCCAAGGUUGCGGCAGAACCUAGAGAAGACGAGGAUGAUGAAUGA